GUGACAGAGUGGACGUCACCGAUGCUCGUCAAGCUCCAUUGCUGCAGCCCGAGUAGAAACAUUUAGCUGUUAACUGACUUAUCAGUGUACAAUAGCCCUGCCUACACAAGGGAAUACGCUUUUUAAAAACAUAUCUAUAUAAGAGUGCGUGGAGUUGUUGAGGAACCGUGUUAAGAUGAAGAGACGGAUACCCUGUGGUUUGGGGCUGCUGUAUUUGCUGGUCGCGUAUUUCUGUUCGUGCUCGGCGUUUUACCUUCCGGGUUUGGCCCCAGUGAGCUUUUGCGAGGAAAACAGUGGUGGCGAAGAUUGCCAGACAGCAAUUCAGCUGUUCGUCAAUCGCUUGGACUCAGUGGAGUCAGUUUUGCCUUAUGAAUAUGACGUGUUUGACUUUUGCAAGGAUGCCAAGGAAAUAAGGCCUUCUGAGAACCUUGGACAGGUAUUGUUUGGUGAGCGAAUAGAGUCUUCCCCAUACAAGUUCAACUUUAAACAAGAUGUUAAAUGCAAGGCAGUUUGCACAAAGUCCUACAAGAAAGGCAACAAAGACGAUACUGCUAAACUGGAUUUUCUCAAGAUGGGAAUGCAGCUGAACUAUCAGCAUCACUGGAUCAUUGACAACAUGCCAGUGACAUGGUGCUAUGAUGUUGAAGAUGGUCAGAAGUACUGCAACCCCGGUUUCCCCAUUGGCUGCCUUGUUACGUCAGAUGGCAGAGCUAAAGAUGCCUGUGUUAUUAAUUCCGAGUUCAAUAAGAAGAACACAUUUUACGUUUUCAACCACGUGGACAUCAAGAUCACUUACCACAGUGGAGCAUCAGAGGACUGGAGAGGAGCUCGCCUGGUUGCUGCCACCCUUGAACCAAAGAGCAUCAAACAUGCCGAUGAGAAAACGGUAAAUUGUGAGGGAACUACCCCAAUGGAAGUUCCAGGAGAGUUUGACAGUGAUGUGUCUGUAGUUUACACCUACUCUGUCAGUUUUGAGGAAAAUAAUUCCAUCAAGUGGGCCUCUAGGUGGGACUACAUCCUGGUCUCAAUGCCUCACACCAACAUCCAGUGGUUCAGCAUCAUGAACUCCUUAGUUAUCGUGCUGUUCUUGUCUGGAAUGGUUGCCAUGAUCAUGCUGAGGACCCUGCACAAAGACAUAGCCAGAUACAACCAAGUGGACCAGAAUGACUUGAUAAAGAUUCCACUGCCCACGGAAAAAUCUUCCCUACCAUAUGAGGAUGCACAGGAAGAGUCAGGAUGGAAGCAGGUGCAUGGGGAUGUUUUCCGUCCCCCAAGGAAAGGGAUGCUGCUCUCUGUGUUCCUUGGACAAGGCACACAGAUCUUUAUCAUGACGUUCAUUACACUCUUUCUGGCCUGUCUGGGUUUCCUGUCUCCGGCCAACAGAGGGGCUCUCAUGACGUGUGCCGUGGUGCUCUGGGUCCUGCUCGGCACGCCUGCCGGCUACGUGUCUGCACGGCUUUACAAAACUUUCGGAGGUGAAAAGUGGAAGACGAACGUCUUGCUGACUGCACUUUUGUGCCCAGGAAUUGUAUUUGCAGACUUCUUCCUCAUGAAUUUGAUCCUGUGGGUGGAGGGUUCCUCCGCAGCCAUCCCCUUCGGCACUCUGGUGGCCAUUUUGGCUCUGUGGUUCGGGAUCUCUGUGCCCCUCACCUUCGUUGGGGCCUACUUUGGAUUCAAGAAGCCUGCCAUCGAGCAACCAGUGAGAACAAACCAAAUUCCACGUCAAAUUCCUGAGCAGUCCUUCUUCACAAAACCGAUCCCUGGUAUUGUAAUGGGAGGAAUCUUGCCCUUUGGGUGCAUCUUCAUCCAGCUUUUCUUUAUUCUCAACAGCAUUUGGUCUCAUCAAAUGUAUUACAUGUUUGGCUUCCUGUUCCUGGUUUUCAUCAUUCUGCUUAUCACCUGCUCAGAGGCCACAAUUCUGCUGUGCUACUUCCACCUGUGUGCUGAGGAUUACCACUGGUGGUGGCGUUCCUUCCUGACUAGCGGCUUCACAGCUGUCUAUCUAUUCAUCUAUGCUGUGCACUACUUCUUCUCAAAGCUGCAAAUAAUUGGAGCGGCCAGUACUAUUCUGUACUUUGGGUACACAAUGAUCAUGGUACUCAUCUUCUUCCUCUUCACAGGUACAAUUGGCUUCUUCGCUUGCUUCUGGUUUGUAAAUAAGAUCUACAGUGUGGUCAAAGUGGACUAGAGGACUAGAGGAAGAACUAACUUGUUGCUAUGACAGUGCCGGGCUUCCUGGUGCUGGCCUUGUAAUGAAGUGGUCUGGACUGACCUGAACUGAACCAUCACUUAGGAAAGAAAAGAUCCCGCAGAGCAGAGCCCGUCCUCUUUUGUGCUUUAAACUUCGGUUGUUGUUUUCUUUCUUUUCUUUUUUUUUUUCUCUAAUAUAUAUCAGUUUGUGUUCACUGUUGACUGGUAAUAUUUUGAAGGGCACCUUUAAAAAUGGGUGUGGGUGGUGCCAAUGAUGAAAGUCGUCACUGUGGGCAGUUUGUUUGCUGAAAUAUUUUAACGUUAAUUUUCUAAGAAAAGUAAAAUAUUCAGUAUUUUUGCUUUUCUAUUCUGCCAUGGCUAAAUGUUCUUUAUUUUUUUGAUUAUCUGUUCUGUAAUGAUUUAAAAAGAAGUGUACAUAUAUUGUAUAGAGAGGGAGAGAGAGUGCUACGUAAAGAUUGUCACCAUUUGGGAUCUUUCUUUUUGGAGUUUUUUUCUUUUGCCUUUUUUUGUUUUUUUUUUAAGGUAAACAUUGGGCUAUUAUUCUCUAAAUAACAGCCUGUAUUGUAGCUGAAACAUAUAAAACAAUGAUGUUGCGAUGAAAAAUGUCAAUUUUCUUUUAAGUUAAAUAAGCGUAUAAUACAACGACAACAGGCCAAGAAGUGCAUCUGUAUAAUAAUAAGAGCUGCUGCAAUGACAACAUGUUAGAGAAUGAUCUUUCAAUGACAUAAAUGUUGUUUGGCCUCAGAAAAUAUUCCCACCUUGUUAACUAUAAUGCAUUCCAUUAGUUUACUGAUUAAACACACAUGCAACACCGAGAUUCAUUCUCUCAGAUCUUUAAAAAAAAAAAAAAGGUGUUUGGUUGAACUGUUAAUUGUCAUUAAGCACUGCUUCUCUCCACUUCCAGCAGUGUGAGUUCAUCGUAUAACAAUGAUAAUUUUACAAAUAAAUGUAAUUAAUCCAAAGCAAAAGCCAUGUUAUUGUUGAAGUGCUACAGUGAAUGUUAUACACGAUUGACAAUGUUCUUUACAGCUUGUCUCUGGACAUACAACCAUAUUUCCACAUUCAAGGCUCAGCUCGUAGUAUUACAUUUUUUGGCCAAAACAUAAAUCAAGUGGAGCAUACUUGGGUGAGAGGCUGUUUGGAGAAUGGUGAUGCUUUAUUUCCUAAGAGCUCUAACGUUUGUGAUGCAGAAAAAUGAGGUGUAAUAGAACUCCACGUGACUUCCUGAAAUUAUCAUUUUGGAUUGACUUAAUGGAAACAGUUAAGCCACAUACUAACCGUUUAUUUCCGCUUUGAAGUGAGAAAUCAACAAAUCCAACUCAUGCUUUAUUUCUCUUAUGUACAUUUUCUUUGGUCUCAUCUAAUUUACUCCGUCUGAUAAAUGUCAGGCUGUCACACUCCUGUCUAAAGCGGCUACCUGAUGAAAGAACUUGAUAAUACAACAUACUAAAAAUAAUUUUUAGUUGACAAUGCAUAAACUGAUUGACGCAUAUUACAUAUAAUUUACUUUUAUUCAACAACAGUGCUUAAAUAUUUAAACCGAAAAUGAUACAAAAAGCACAAAAUCACAAAAAUAUGUCAUUUUGAAAGACGAGCAUUUCUGUUCUCAUUUCCUCAAAUACACAGUUCUUUAGUGAGUUUGAUAAACUUAUUUGUGAGUUUGAUUGUCAUCUAGAACACUGUAGUUUGGACUUUUCAAGUGACCCGUUCAAUAAACUGCAGUUCAUCUCCAA